UGGAAUCCGACAUGGAAGAGAUGGAGCAUGCGCAGACUAAACUGUCCAGGGUAGCUCGCUGGGCCGAAAAUGAAAACAUGGAGUGUUGUGAGAAAGACGCCAGGCAAGUCUCGGAGAAUGAGACGGCCAUCGUCACGAGAUGCAUCUUAGAGACGAAAUCGCAAGCAGCAUCAGAGAUGACUGUGAAACAAGUCAUUUGCCUUGUGGACUGCCUUGCCAAAAAAUACGAUGUGGUUGACGCAGAUGGUUAUUUGGAUACAGAAAAAGCCGCACUGCUCAUCAAAGCGAAGGAUCACUGGGGUCAAUUAUUUGCAAAUAAAGAUGACGUCAUUAAGAGAUGUGUAACGUUUGCUAACAGCUUUUCAAAAGAAAGAGGGACUGUUGUCUUCGAAGAGAAGAAAUGCAAUAUGGCCCCUGCCGUUAUAACUAACUGUAUCAGGGCGAUGGUAGAAAUCAACUGUCCCGAGGACAGGAAGGUUCCAGGUGCACAAUGCGACAAGCUUCGGAGAAAACUAUCUCAAGUAGUAGACGCGCUCAAUAUAUAAAAGGAACGGAAAUGACGUCAGGAAAUAUAUGCGAUAGAACACAAUUGUACUGUUA